AACUGACAUUUAUUAUCGUCACUGACUAAAAGUGUCAAAACAGUGAACAAAAUUUGGUGUGUGUGAAUCCAGUGUAAAAAAAUUCGGCAAUAAAUACAAUUUUAAUGCAAUUUAUUUUUUAUAAAGCACAUUAUUUGUUCCCCACAAUAUGCACGUGAAUAAAUCGGGAAUACAGCAAAUUUUGUUGUGUCCACAACAGCAUAACAUCGUUUUAAAACGAUUCGGUUGGUUUGAUCGAAAGAAACGAAGCUUUUUCCAAUUAUCUGAUAAAGAGGAGCCACGAUUUUUCUCGGAAACUGAACCAAAUCCAUUGUCGGAUGUUGAACGGCGCAUCGAGAGCUCAAUGGAAAAACUACAAUGGCGGAAACCAGUAACCAGACAAAGAACCUUUUUGACAGAAGGUUUGCGUCUGCUUGCACCCGAACGUACAAGACAUUUUUUAGAAAUCAUGCAACGGCCAUUGGAUAAAACCAAUAUUUUGAGAUCAAUUGAAUUAAAAAGACACGAAAUGAUGGCAAAAGACCAACGUUUUCUAACGGAUCGUCAUCGUAUGCUGGGCAAUGACUUGGCAGCUGCACAUUUUCUCGUGGCACGGGGUGGUCAAGUGAGAUUCACUCGUUCCAAAGAAUGGAUUAAAAGUAAUGAGCACGAUGAAUACGAUCUACCACGGCUCUAUGAUCCCGAAUAUCUUAUCGAUGCAAUUAAAUGCGAUGGUAUGGAUCUAAUGUACGAAGGACUGGAAAAUGUUCGUCGUUUGCAUCAUUUAAAAUAUUUUUCACUACGAGAUGUGAAGCUUUUUGACGAUUGGUGUAUGGAUCGAUUGUGUGGAAAUCAAUUUGACAAUAUUGAAAUUCUCGAUGUAUCUGGCACUAGUAUAACAGCAAAUGCACUAUUUGCCGUACCAAAAUUACGCACUCUAAAAGCAAUCGUAAUGGACACGGCAAAUCGAUCGACGUCGUUUCAGUUGGCGUGUGCCGAACUCGAAUGUGUUAUGCCAAAAUUAAAGAUUCUCGAUUCGGCCGAUGUACAUGAUGAUAUUUAUGAAGCUAGAAAAUUGGCAGCAUCUACUGAAAAUCCAGCAGAAGCGAAAUAAAAUGAAAUUGUAUUUAUUGUUAGAAAAGUUUGCGAAUAAAUGUGUUUUAUGUUAAAUUCAUUCACAAGAAGAG